AUGUAAAUAGGAUAAGUAGUAUUAACAACUCUCUAUUUUAUAUAAGGAUUAAUUGUAGGAUUACCUGGGGGAGCAAUAUAGGUGUUAUUUGCACAUGAAAAAGAUAUUGGGAUAUUUUCAUUAUGUACAAUACCUUGGGCUUUCAAAUUUGUUUGGUCACCAAUCUAGGAUUAUUAUUUUAUUGAAAAAUUUGGGAAGAGAAAAACUUAUAUAGUUCCAUUUUUUUUGCUUAUGGGUGUUCUUUUAAUAUUGGCUGCAAAUGCUGAACAUACUCUGCUAAAUCUAUUUUAUUAUUACAUUACUUUAAUGGUUUGUUUAUCAACAAGUGACACUGCUAUAGAUGGAUGGUCAGUUACAUUAUUAUCAAAUGUAGCUUAAUAAAGUGUAUGUUAAACAUUUGGAUAAUAAGUAGGUUGGUUCAUCUCAUAAUCUAUUUUCAUAUUGCUAAAUCAAAAUAACAUAAUUAGUUUUGCUUAAUAUUAAUCAAGUCUAGGAAUAAUAUGUAUAAUAAUGUGUAUUCUGGUUAUUUUUGUUAAAGAAACGAAUCCAGAUGAAGUCAUACAUUACUAAAGUCUUUUUUAAUAGAUUAAAUAAGUGAAAGGAUUAUAUUAUAACAAAAAUCUAAGAUUUUUAUGUUUGUUCAUUUUCUUGUAAAGAAAUGGAAUAUCUUUCAUGGAUAUUGCUGCUCCAAUAGUAAUGAUAAGAGCAGGAAUGGAAAAGACAUUCAUUAGUUAAGCUUAAAUUUUUAUAUUUUGUUGUACUUUUUGGAUUCCUUUAGUGAUUGGUUACUUUAUAUCAGGCAAAAAGAAAGAGAAUUCUUUAGUAAUAAGUGCUUUGACUUAUUAAACAAUAAAUAUGGCCUUCUUUUUAUUAGAUUAUUAUGAAUAUAAUAAACAAACACCUACAAAAGGCAAGAUAAAUCAAUUUUAAUAUUUAUUUUGUUUUUAAUUGUUAGUUCAUGAGUAUUUAUAUUAUUUGAAUAAGUAGAAUUUUUAAGAAAAUCUUUACUGUAUGUACAUUUUCAUUUGUAGCUGAAAUAGUUGAACCUUAAUUAGCUGGAAUGUAAAUAUCAAUAAUUAGUUCAUUACAUAAUGUUAGUAGAGUUAUUUUAGAUCCUUUGGUUUUAUAAUCAGCUGCAUAUAUGAAUAUAUAUAUAUUGGUUAUAAUAUGUGUGCUUUAUUAGAUAAUAGUAUUGAGAAGAUAUGGAGAUGAAUUCAAAAUCAAAUAAUUCAUAGCUAAAGAGAAUUGGACACUUCAUACAUAAGACACAAUUGAUAAUUAUCAUGAAUUAAAGGAAAUUAAAGGAUUAAAUAAUCAAACAUGA